GAACAGCAGACAGAUGUGAUGGUGAUGACUUGUCUUUCUCCUCAGUGCUGUCUCUCCGUUCUUGUGCAGCAGUGAAGCGGACAGUGCUGUGUCCUGUCAGGAGAGGAGACACCUCUACCUUUGUUUACUGGCUGAAGUGGAGGAAGGAAGAGGAGAUCAUAAUUUAUCAGAUGUGUAUUUUAAGAGACCAUUUGUGGAAAGUGAAAAGUUAGCAUUAGUCUUCAGUUAUUUUCAUUUGACGUCAUCUCUGCAGUUUCUGUCUCUCUCCUGCUUGGACGUAGCAUGGACUACUUGGUCGCUGGUUAUCGGUGGUGCUGUCUGAGAUUUGUUGGCCCUGACACUGGACUGACAAUGAAACGACGACACAAAUACUGGUUUUGGAGCCGGAAAGGUAAAAACUCAAAGAUGUGUCUGCUCUGCUGUUAUGAGAGGAAAGGCAAGACUGCAUGUUUUCAGUCCAAGAACGCUGAUGAAGAUGCAUGUGUGGCAGUGAGAAUCGAACACUCAAGAGCUCUCGGCAGCAGCCCUGUGUGCACACCCAGCGUGCAGGCGUGUCUGAAUCGGGCGGGCAGAGGGCCGAACGACAGGAGCAGGGGAGGAGUCAAUGGAAGAGGCUCCGGCGGCAGGCCUCGGCUGCAGUCUAAACCGGAAGUGCCUCCAAAGCCACUGCACCUUCAGAGCCCGGUAACGGUCAUUUCAUCCCCACUGAGCCACGAGAAGAAACCAUCACUUAGACGGGGCAUGGAGGAGGAGGGAGGUGGAGGAAGAGGAGUAGGAGGAGGAAGAGCAUCUGCACCGCGGGAAAGGGCCAGGGAGAAACACUCCAAAGUGUCACACUUGAUCAGUCGCUUUGAGGAGAACAGCAACACAGAGAACAAGCGAGACGUCUCACCACUUAAACCUAUCAGCAGGUCGAAUAACUGCAGCCCGGCCCAUCGCCCCUACCAGAGGCAGCCGGAGACCAACAGGAUUCAGGAGAACCACUCCUCCCCGGUGGCCACGCUGCACCAGGAUGAGCACAAACCGGCAGCAAACGGUGCGCUGAGGCAGAUGGAGCAGGACAAGGAGGAAAAAGAGGAAUCUGAGAAUCAGAGUGUGAGGAUAGAGACUGUGGGGCUGGUAAAUGGAGAUAUGGGGGACGGGAGUACAGAACCGAAUGAGGAUCAUUCACCUCUGGAGAAAAACAGGACUGAUGCAGAGAGUCACUCUGAGAAUACAGACAGUGUGGCUGCAACAGAGAGUGAGCACAAAAAUGAAGAAGUGAGCACAGACCAUAAGGAGACAAAUGAGCAGAAGCUUUUCAAGAUUGCCAGCGAGCUCCUGCAGACAGAAAAGGCCUAUGUGGCCAGACUGAACCUGCUGGACCAGGUGUUCUGUGCUAAGCUAAUGGAGGAGGCUAACAAGGGAACGUUCCCCGUGGACGUGGUGAAGAACAUCUUCUCCAACAUCUCCUCCAUCCACACCUUUCACAGCCAGUUUCUGCUGCCAGAUCUGGAGAAACGCAUGGGAGAAUGGGCAUCCACACCUCGCAUCGGUGACAUCUUGCUGAAACUCACGCCUUUUCUCAAAAUGUACGCUGAGUAUGUAAAGAAUUUCGACAAGGCCAUGGAGCUGCUGAAACAGCACUCUGACCGUUCGCCACAGUUCAAGGCACUCAUUCAGGAAAUACAGAGUCAGGAAGUCUGUGGCAGUUUGACUCUUCAGCAUCACAUGCUGGAGCCUGUGCAACGAGUCCCUCGAUAUGAGAUGCUGCUCAAAGACUAUCUGAAGAAGCUGCCGCAGGACGACCCUGACCGACGAGAUUCAGAAAAAUCAUUAGAAAUCAUUGCCACGGCAGCAACUCACUCCAACAGCGCCAUACGAAAAUCUGAGAACCUGAAGAAACUCUUGGAGAUAUACGAGAUGCUGGGCGAGGAGGAGGACAUUGUCCACCCAUCUAAUGAGUUCAUCAAAGAGGGCCAUAUCCUGAAGCUGGCAGCCAGGAACACCUCGGCCAUGGAGAGAUACCUAUUCCUGUUCAACAACAUGCUGUUGUACUGCGUGCCCAAAUUUAGCCUGGGAGGGCCUAAGUACACAGUGAGGACAAGAAUUGGCAUAGACGGCAUGAAGGUCCUGGAAACGACAAAUGAGGACUAUCCGCAUACCUUCCAGGUGUCAGGGAAGGAGAGGACACUUGAGCUACAGGCCAGCUCACAGCAGGACAAGGCAGGCUGGAUAAAGGCUUUCCAGAAGACCAUUGAGGUCUUCCAGCAAAAAAAUGAGUCGUUCAAAAACGCAUUAAAAGAUGUGGACGAAGUAUCGAAAGCAGAGCUGGGUAAGCGUGCUCCUCGUUGGAUCCGCGACAAUGAAGUGACAAUGUGCAUGAAGUGCCAAGAGUCUUUCAACGCUCUGACGCGGCGGAGACACCACUGCAGAGCAUGCGGCUAUGUGGUGUGUUGGAAAUGUUCAGACAACAAGGUGGCGCUUGAGUAUGACGGCAACAAGGUGAACAAAGUCUGCAGGGACUGUUUCUCUAUCCUGACCGGGGAAACAGUAGCCGAGGGCAAGAAGAAGGGCAUACUGGAGAUUGAGGCAGCACAGUUCACAGGCAACAGCGUCAUGUGCGGCUUUCUGCAUUACUGUGAGAAAAACAAGAAGGUGUGGUGCGUCAUCCCUGAGAAGGAAUGUCUGGUGCUCUACCUCUACGGAGCUCCGCAGGAUGUGAAGGCUCAGUGUACAAUCCCCCUCCUGGGUUAUUCAGUGGAUGACAGUGUCCGACCCACAGACCCUCCGGCCAGUUUCCGCAUCUCUCAGUCCAAGUCUGUCCACAACUUUGCUGCAGAAUCCGAGGAGCUAAAGCAGCGCUGGCUGAAAGUGAUACGAGUGGCCGUGACGGGAGGGGUGCCAGAAUGCCCUGAGACAAAUGGUAGCAGCACAGACGUGAUGGACAACAACAACACACAAGAGUUGGCCACGGACAGCACAUAAGGCUUUUUUUUUUUUUUCCUGCCAUCAAACUUAUGUCAGAGACUUUUCUACAAGCAAACUGCUGUUUGGUUGCCCAAGAGAGACACGGUGUGCUGAUUUCUGCUGCAUGAACAGAAUAUAAAAGCACACUCUCCAUCCACAGCAUCUUUGGAACUUUAAGUGGAGAAAAAAAAAAUCCAAUCAGUGCUGGAUAAGCUGCCUUUCUUUCUGUGUCAGUCUUCUGUUGUCAUGUUUCCCACAUUCUGAUUCACUAAAGGACAUCUCUGGUACAAUCAACACUAGAGCAGAGAGACUUCCGGACUUAUUGGACUUCCCUCAGACCAGCACUACUGGGGACAGACUCAAACUCUCCAUGGAUGGACCUCAGUCAAGUCCUCUUGAGCCAGUGGACGAUCUGCACAGGGUGUGAAUGAAAGCUAAACGACUGUUCAAACUAAAGUCUGCCAGUGCUGUAACUCAGCUCUGUAUACGUGUGUAGGAUAUAAGUUUUGUAAUGUAUAUAGAAAUAAGUCUCAGAGUGAGUUUCUAACAGAAAACCAUGAAAGUAUGAUGUAAAGCAUUUCCAGUAUUCCCCCACCCCAUUUUCUUUGCUUGAGAAAGAUGGCUCCAGAACUGGGAAAGUGACGUCGUCAUUGUUGGGAUAAUGAUGGUUUCAUCUCCCUCUCAUGUAUGUGGGUGCUCCACAGUUUGUUGCACCUAUUGCAUAGUGUGUCCUCUAUGAAUUUUGCAAGUUUUGGACUAUAUGUAUAUAUAUAUAUAUAUAUAUAU